GAAUGGCAGUAAGUGCCAGCCAAUGAACAGCAGCUAAAGCAGAGCGCAGUAUUUAAUAAUAAUGUGAUCAUCGAUUGUUUGUAAAUUUAAAGUGCAUGUAAAAUAUCCUUAUAAAUAUGAAAACUCAUUGCGAUAUUCGAAAUUUCUUUAAAGAAUAAAUGUAAUGUGCAGAAAUGGAAGCAAUACUGAAACUUCAGAAAUUCGACCCUGAGAAACUAGUUGAAUUAUGUCGAAUGCAUUUGACAUUUACUCUAGAUUUGGAUAAUGAUGCAUUUUCUCAUCUACUAGAAAAGGACAAUGGAAAAAAGAAACAACGCAACUAUUUUAGCCGUUUUAUGAAAGACAAAUCUAUAUCAGAAGUGAUGCCUUUGAAUCAAGAGACUAUAUCUCAUAUUUAUCAGAUCAUUGAAUUUCUGGGACGUGAGAUAAACAUAAGCCGUGAAGGACUCUUUAGAAAAACUGGUAGCUUGUCUCGUCAGCACCAACUUAAAACAUUGUUAAGACUGGGAGAGAAUAUUGACUUCAGUUCUGAAUUGUUUACAGUUCAUGAUUGUGCAUGUGUUUUAAAGAGUUUCCUGGCUGAAUUGCAAGAACCAUUAUUGUCUGAAGCUCAUUAUACUGCUCACUGCCAAAUAACUGAUAUGUGCCAAGAUGAGUUGUCCUCUAGUCAAAAGAAAUAUAUACUUGAAAAACAGUUGAAGUCAACUCAGUUACUUUUAUUGCUUUUACCUCCUGAUAACUACUGCCUUUUAAAAUACUUACUUUUGUUGCUAAAUCAAAUUCACAACGCCCAAGAAAAGAACAAAAUGACGUCUCAAAACUUAGCAACUUUAUUUGCACCUCAUAUCAUUUGUCCUAAAAAGAUGCCUGCUGAAGAAUUAAAGAAAAAUUUCCGGCGCAUGGUGAAAUGUAUUACUUUUCUGAUAGAAAAUGCAACUACUGUUUUCAGCCCACCUGUUGAACUUGUGCAGGAUGUUAAUCUGUAUCUUCAGGAAAUGUCUUAUGAAGGACAAUUACAGUUUGCUGAGAAAGAGACAACAGCUGUGAAGACAGUGAUUGCAUUUUGUGAGAGACCCAACUCUGCUGAGGAGGAGUCUUCUGAUUACACAAAUAAAGCAUUGUCUGAACUUCAGUCCUACAUUGAAAACUUACCCAAUUCUACCAGGAAAAGGAAACUUAUUAAAAAACUUCAGAGAGAUAAUUAUAUGGAAAUGAGUCGUGAACCACAAAAGAAGCAUUUCAGAAGUCGAUCUGUUGGCGCUGCAAUAAAGAGGCACAUUCUGAAGAAUUCGCAUAAAAAGAAAGAAGAUUUAGACCUUCGUCAUUCAGCAUAUGAUAUGGCGUUGCCUGCAUCAAAAUCAACUGAAUCCAUACCAAAAUCUAAAUCAUUUGAUGCUUUAGAUUUAGAAGCCAAGGAAUCCAGUCGUUUUUCAGAAAUGAAGAAAAAUUUCUUGCGGGCGUCUAGGAAAAAGGUGCACAAGAUUGUCAAAUCAGAAUAAGUGUUCUGCGCUGCUCCUGGUUGCUACUUUAAAUUGUCAUUUUGGAAAUAUAUAUGUUGAUUUUUUUUUAUUAAUUUUUAGCUAUGAUUAUACUUUUUAUUGUAUAUUGAAUGCAAAUUUAUAUUCUUGUACAAGUUUGUAGAUAAAAUUAUUGUGUACAAAG